AUGGUGUCCAAAGAAGAGAGUCGACCAAAAAAAAGAUGGGAGGAAGAAGCUUUAUUAGAACUUCUCUUCAGAGACCCAGAAAUAUUAACUGAUGAGGAUCUACAGAGCAUUUCUUUGAGCAACUUAGCCAAGAAUUUGAACGAUAAACUACCGUCCCCCAAAAUAAUGAAGAUUUACCUUCGAUGGCUCGAAGCGCAUCGCAAAAAUCCAUCACAUUUACUUAAAGCUUGGCCCAACACAACCAAGCAGUGGGUGGAAUCAUUGAAGCACCGUGGGGUUGACAAAGAGGAAGUCAUAUCAAACGUUAAGGAUUGGAAGAAAGCCAAUAGUCCAUCCAGCGGGCAGUCGAAAGGAUGGGUUGAGGAAAAAUGCCCUCCCUCCGUUGAUGAGAUUGAAAGAGUCUUUGAUGAAAAACACACCACGAAGAAGGAUCGAUCAUUGGGUAAAGUGGAUUCCGGUAGAGGUGGGUAUCGAUCAGAUAAAUCUUCAGGUAAAAUGAGUCUCAGUGGUGGUUUUUCGGAUUACGUCCCACCGAGUUACAUUUGCAAUAGAUGUGGGGAAAAUGGCCACUCGGUCAAGCAAUGUCCAACGAACAUGGACCCUGCCUUUGACAAAAAGCCACCGCAAACGUACCAGUGCUCGCUAUGCAAUAAAUUCGGAAAACACUGGUAUUCAUUGUGCCCAAAGAACACACGAGAAGACUCUAUCACCCAAAGACGUCUGGCUGCCGGGAUAGAGGUUCCAGCCGUGCAAAGAAGCUUGGAUGGAGGAAAUUGUUGUCGAGAGCGAGAUUCGGGGCAUCGGCGUAGUGAGAGAUGGGAGACGCUCGGAACAUCGGACUCUGCUCAACAAGAGCAGGCAAUAACUUUGGACUGUGACGACAGUGAAGAUCCAGAAUUACCAGCUCGCAAUGUUAAGCUUGAACUUCUUGCCGAUAUCGAGGAACGCAUGCAGAAGGUCUCGGCCGCCAUGGCACAGGAUACAGGAAUGUCAAUUGCAGCUGUGGCAGAAAUGACUGGUGUGACGAUAUCAAAUGUGGCGGUUACCAUUAUGGCAGCCAACCGCAAGCGUGCCCGUUCUAUGGAAAUGGAUGAUGUUGAUAAUGCGGAGCAUCAGCGAACAAUCAGACAAAAGGGCGAACGUGGUGACAAAGAAGAACUCAUGCAUGAUGUUGAAGAUACAAGAUUUAUGCAUUCGGAUGAUGAACGACACGACGCAGUCUCAGGCGGAAUUUUCAAAGAAACAGAUCCCUACACUGAAGAAUUUGGAUUAAGCCAAAGCUUGACAAUCGUAAGAUUAACGGAUCCGACUGAGUAUUCUCUGAAACUCCCACAGUCUGAUUUGGACAUCUGUCCACGACAAAUGUCGCACGUGGAUACAUCUAGCGAAGAGGAUAUAGGAACUCCAGUGGAUGAUAUGGAAGAAGGUUUUGGUUCGCCCCGUAUUCGAUCAGAGACACCAGAGAAAUUCUACUCUGAUUUCGUCAAAAGCUUGAUCGAGAACCGAACAGAAGGUCAAAUUGUGAACCAGAGAAGAAGACGCCCUACAGCUUUAGAGAUAUGGGAUGAAGUUGACCAACGUCGAAUGAGAAGAUUCAAUACUUCCCCAUCAACUCGGCAAAACUCUCCUACUUUGUCUCCCAUGUCAUCUUUGGCCUCAGACCUUACAGGCGAUAUUAUCCAGGUAGACUAUCCACUCGGCCAUCUACUUGACCGGCCUCUAAGUGAAAUUUCUCACACCAGCUUUGACAAUAGUACGCCAGUCUCUCCAGGCUCUGAUAUUGCCAUGCAAGAGGCAAUUCCCGAAGCCUCAAAGGAUUACAAUGAUAACAAAUAUUUCUGA